GUCAUUCCAGCCCAUAAUAUGCUGCCAUGCAUCCCAUAAUAUGCUGGAGUGAGGGAUGGUGGGAGGGCAGGGGUACCAGUGGUGCGUUAUGUCCGCCGCUGAAAGGCACGGACGAACAAACGCUCCCGACAAGAGGCGCUCUCCCCGGGCCCCAUGAACGCCAAUCCGCAACAAAUCAAGGAUAGGCUGCUGCAGGCGAUCGACAAGGAUGCCAACAUUGUUGACAUGGAGGGAGUGGUGGAGGUGGUCAGUGCUCUGGAGAAGACCACGAUGACAAAGGAUGCCCUGGAGAAGACGCGCCUGGGCAAGUACGUGAACGAUGUUCGGCGGAAGACAAACAACGCCGACCUGGCCAAGCGGCUCAAACAGCUGGUCAGGAUCUGGCAGAAACUCAUCAUCGCCGGGGACAUCCAAGCACAGGACACGCCUAGCAACCAGGGCGUCAGUCCCAAGAUCGCCAUGACCCGACCCGGAAUCUCCCCCAAACUGCCCAGCAAGCUGGCGGAGGUUCGACCCGGGGCCAGCUCCAGCGCCAGCGCAGUCCUAGAGAAAACAAAUUCAGCCAACCGCAAGCGCAGAAAAGUAAGCCUGGACGGGGACGAGGGGCCCAAACCCAAGCGACCGGCGACCCCGAGCCAGGCUGUUCCCAUCAACGGUUUGCCCCGCGGACGUGACAGCCCCGUGCCCAGCCCUCUCGCCGGUAGAAGGAACCACAGUCCCGCCGCCGCCCUCAACAGGAAACCGCAAAGUCCCGCGUUCGCUGACAGGAGACCCAACAGCCCUGCCGUGGCCAGUACCAAAGUUAGAUCCAACAGUCCGGCGCUGGGCGCAAGAAAACUCACCCCAGGUAGUCCCGCAGUGGCUGGAAGCUUACGGAAAACUUCCAGCCCUGUUGGGAACCUAAGAAAGACAUCUAGCCCUGUUGGGAGCCUAAGAAAGACAUCUAGCCCUGUUGGAAGCAUAAGAAAGACAUCUAGCCCUGUUGGAAGCAUAAGAAAAACCACUAGCCCUGUCCAAUUUGUACCGAGCGGACAGUUGUUACAUGACAGCAAUACAUUUGACACCCCCCCACCGACGCCCGAUCUCACGUCAACCAAAUCCCUCCCCACGAACAUUACAAGUGCCAGUGUCGGGUCUCCCAGACCGCUGAGUUUAGCCCUACCACCGGAGUUAGCGAACAGAGACUGUGGCUCCAAAAUGAAAGAGCUGGAAGAGCUGUCCCCAGUGUUGCCAGUAAAACUUCGACUCCCCAGUACGUCGGAAACCCUCAGUGCUUCGGAACCUCCAGGUGCCCAAUCCUCGGGGAAGGCGGAAGGCAAGAAAAAGUCCAAAUCUUCCAAGAAGAAGGACAAAUCCAAGAACAAGGAGCCGGUCGAAGAUUCCCCCGAGGAAAGUUCGUCCGAGGUCAAACCCGCCAAGAGGGUCAAGCUAAAGCAGCGGUCGUUGACCUUUGACCCUGUGACCAGACAAAUCGUGCCCAACGUUCCACAGAGUCCAGCGGUGACGGUCAGCGUUUCUUACGACAACGAGUUCGUCCCCCGACCGGUCGACCUCGGGCCGUUCCCCUUUCCCGCCGCCUUGGCGGCAAGAGGCCAGUAUCCAGGCUUGUCACGUGACUUGCAGCAGCCAAUGGCGGCCGGCAAGUCAUCGCACAGUAGUAUCUCUCGACCAAUCACGGACGAGGCUGCUAGAGAGCGAGAACUGAAGCGGCAACGCGCGCUCGAGCUGAUCAAGGCUGCGGAGGGCGAGCCGAGACCCGGCGUGGAUCGGCCGGUUUCUGACGAAGACUUGCAGAGACUGAGCAGCGAGCAGUGGCCAGGAGUCAGCGGCUGUUUCGAUGAUAAUGGAGACUGGCGCGACUGGACGGACUGCUGUGAGAAAGGGUCGUGUGAGGACGGGUUGUUACAAGUUCUGCCUUAUGUCAUUCUAGACUAGAAACUGUGAAAUAUUUUGUACAGUAGAUAUUUAUAUGAUGACGUGCUCACUACAAAGUGGUAAAAGUGGAGAGUAUUUAAAGAAUAGAAUAACAGCAGAAACAUUUUGUUGCCACUGUUCUUCCAACUGAGGUAGACUUUCCUGUACCACUCUCUGUCAUGUGCCUAUAGAAGUGCGACAUUCUACAUUGCCAAAACAUAAACAUUACAAGGGACAGUUUCUGUAAUGUGAUCCUCCAGGGCCUUUUCCUUAGUUUCUUUUUCUGUCCUUUUUUAGGAUACUGGUAGAAAUCACAAAUCCCAACUCAUCGUCAUGAAAGAAAACUUAUUUGGUUACAAAUUCGGGUGAUAAUUUGCAUAAAAUGAACUACUGUACCUUCACUCUUGUUUAAGUCAAAAAUUGUUACACUUGCAUACAUGUUCUGGUAUCUUAAUAACGACUGUGUGCAUAAUUCAAUGAAUUUGUGGUUACUCCUUUUGAUAUCCUCAUUAGGACCCCAAGCUGUAAAUGGAAUAUUCCACAGGUCAAAGUUCAUGGCAUUGUUUUCUACAGAAAACAAAUGUCUUAUUUCUUUACAUAGGCACAGAACUGUCAAAGGAUACUCCAAUUGUAUGCUAUGCAUUCCCUUGUACUAAGCUGCACUGUUGUGUGAUUUGUGACGUUUUCUUUGCUUUCGGUUACAUACUGUGUAAGAUGCUGCAAGAGUUACUACGAAUUCACAUUCCUUUCCAAGUUCGACUUCUCUAUAUUGUACAUCGAUCUAGAGUUUUGUUUUUUUCUAUCUUGGUCAGAGAUGCAAAUUGAAAUGUACAGUUGUAAAGAGAACAAAGUAUGCAAAUGCAAUACACAUGAGUUUUGUUGUACGA